AUGAGGGACCGCUUGCAGAUUUGCAGUUUACGUGGCUUGGGCACUGCAGUACAUACAUGGUAUGUAGAUGAUGAUGUCCUACUGGCCGAUUAUCGUCUAUGGUGGCUGUUCUCAUGUAAGGAGAUCAGCCAACUGCGCAUGACAUUAAAGAACGGCACUCCCCACUACUUCAGGGUGCCGCGAGUGAUCCUCAUCAGCCGACAGUUUGUGCUGUCCACCGCCGCUGAUGCAGCUCAGAUACCUGAGGGAUAUGCCCUAGGCAACGUAAUCUUCGGUGACUACGAACGCGACGAGGCGGAAUGCCACGUGACUAUAGACGACAUCGCAGCAGGAGUCGAGUGCGAGCCAGCAGUCCUGCUCAUGCCCAUAGCUGAUGUCCUCCUCCACCCGGAGUAUAAACACUUCGGGGCCAAGUACAGUGUCGCACUUAUGAAGCUGAUCACGCCUGUUAAGUCAAAAUACAUGUUACCAGCUUGCUUGCCUUACAGAGACUAUGUAGUCGAUAAGAAUGGAAAACUGACUAAAACAAAGCUUGUUCACGUUGACUUCUCUACUGAUGUUCCUCGAGAUUUUAUAGAAGAAGAAAAAGAGGUGCAGAGAGUAUCUAUAUUGCCGAGAGAACUUUGCUUUUUAUAUGACAAUCCUGAGAACGUGACGAAAAUGACUCAGAAUAGAAUGUGUUGUACUACGGGCUGUGGGUUCCAUUCCGGGGCGCCGACGAUGAUGCACGAGCAUACGGGACACUGGUCUAUUGUUGCCUUGUCACAAGGAGGGCCACCGUGCCCGGAUCCUCUGAGAGGCCGGGCUCCGCCAUCGCCUCCACACCACAUCAUGAUACAUCCUUACGUUCCCUGGAUCACUGCUGCCAUCACCGGCAAAGCUAUCGGGGCCUUCGCUAAGGACGAUCCCUUCGGGUUCAUAAUGCCGAGAGCCUCUGCCUACGACCUGGUUGCUCACGGCUGGGUGGGUCACUGGUGGAUGGGUGGUCUCCGUUGCUACGACCGAGCGGAGUCAGCUGACGACAUGUUCAAGUUCUACCACGAGAUCUUCCAGAUGAAACCUGUUGCGGAGACUUUCCUUACCUACUAUUUGGAGAUUGACGCUGCCCACAACACCCUUAUUAUCUGUGUGAAGGUUGGCAUGCCGUACCAACUCGGACAGCCCAGAAUUUGGGAACUUGACAGUCCUUUAGUCAAGCUGCGAAUACCAUUGAUCAGGUUCUCUCAUCAAUACAAGUUUCAAGUGGAGGCAUGGGGUUACAACAGCACGGAGUCCUCACAGUCCUCGCCGUCUAAGGAAUCUGAAGACACUGUAGAAGACUAAACAUAAACAAAUAGGUACCUCUCACGCGAAAACAACCACAACGAUAUACAUAAAUAAGAGA